AUGCCCAAGUUUAUUUCUGUUCCCCUGAAAAAAACCAAGCCUGUUGACUGGACAGGCCCUUUGAGUACCUAUAUUGGCCGUGUUUACGGCAAGGCCAGUGAUUUCGAGCACGAAAUCGCCACCUUUGACAAGCUAAGGACAGAUAUUAUCCACUGCGACGAGGACCCGAUUGGCAGAGAUCUAUACUAUAGAUAUUAUGGCCAGCUUGAGAUGCUCGAGCUCAGAAUUGCCGUGGACAUACUGGGAAUUGAGUUCUGCUGGUACGACGCCUACGUUCCCUCCGUCUCCCACAAGCAGCACUCGCUGGCAUUUGAGAAGGCGAGCGUUUUAUUUAAUUUGGCGGGCAUAAUGUCACACCUCGCCGCCACAGCAGAAGAAUUGAAGGUCAGCUACGAAUGGUUCCAGAAAGCUAGCGGAGUUUACCAGUAUAUCCAAGAGAGUUUUCUGCACGCUCCUUCCGACGACCUUAGUGUUCAGAGCAUGCAGGCUCUUGCAAAGUUGAUGCUUGCACAGGCACAAGAAGCUUUCUUACUGCGAUACAUCGAAACCACACAAGAGCCAAAACAAUCGCUCUUGGCCCGCUUGGCCAAAUCUACUGCGAAAUUGUACGGUUCAGCAUCCGAGCUAAUACAGAACGUCAAGACCAUGCAGUACAACUGGCACCAAUACACUAAAUUGAAGGAACUCUACUAUCUGUCUUACGCAAAUUUUCAGCAUUCUCAGCUACUCAAAAGCUCAAAUAAGUAUGGCCAGGCCAUCGCCUAUAUGAGACUGGCUGAAGAGACUAUAAAAAAGCAUAGCGGUUACAGCUCUUUAUUCGAUCCAGCAUUCAAGGACAAGCUUAAGGAACAUGCCAAACUUGUGAAGUCAGAGUAUGAACUGCUAGAGAAGGAUAACGAUUUUAUCUACCACGAUAUGGUUCCAAACCCAUCCACUUUACCGGAAAUCAAGCCUAUGGAUAGUGCCAAGGCCAUUGGCCUUGCUGAUCAGAAAAUCUCAGAGAUUGUUGGCAAGGACUUGUUCGAUAGGAUCGUUCCCUUGAAAGUUCACGAGCAAUCGAGCAUGUACUCUGAGGAAGUUGCCAAGCUGCUUAGGGCCGAGAGCGAGAAAUGUGAGCUGGCUGAUCUUGAGCUAAACUCUACGCUCGAAUUUCUUCAGCUUCCAAAGUCGCUUGUCGACCUUCGUUUUCUUCUAGAGGAACCGAACAGCAACGAAAGCAAUGAGGUCAAUGCAGACUCGAUUGAUGCGCGAGUGGUGCAAGGAGCAGCAGCGAUCAUGAACGAGCCGGUGGAUAACUCGAGGUCUGCGAACCUCAGAGCACAGGUACAAAGCAAUGUUGAUACCUGUGACAGGCUCGUUGCUCAGGAAGCUCACAAAUAUGACUCGAACAAAGCCAAGUAUGGCACAGCGUGGGUCCAGGAACAGUAUCCUGCUGCGCUGAUGAACCUGAAGCAAGAUCUUGCACGCGCGAAAAAGUCUCUACUGGAUGCAAGCGAGACAGAUAAGAAGAUUGGUGCAAUUUACAAUAAGAUCAAGUCAGAUGUUCAAAUAUUGAGCAAAGGUAUAUCUAGUCCUGAGGUGGCCCGUGAGUACAAUAAGACCACUAAGGAGCCCGAAUCUUUACUGGACAUGGACGAUGAGCCGGUGAAUCUGGCUGGAUCGAGACAAAAACUGGCCAAAGUCGAUAGCAAACUGCAAGAGCUGAGGUACCUUCAAAAAGAAAGAUCCAACACCUAUGAGGAUUUGAAGGAGAAAGCUCACAACGACGAUAUCUCGAAGUCCCUAAUUAUGAAUCGGAAUACGACCCAGAUAGAGGACAUUUUCGAGGCUGAGUUGGCGAAAUUCCGGCCAUAUCAGGAAAGAAUAGCUUUGACAGUUGAUAAACAGAUUCCAUUGAUCAACGAUCUAAAAAGGGCAAUGAACGAGGUGUUGGAUGACUCUACGAUAAAAUAUAGACUCAAGAAGCGCGAGUCGUCAAAGAGCACUACACAGACAGUCAACGCGCGGUUUCUCAAUUCAAUUGAGCAGUGGAAUACGUACAAAGGCGGUGUUGCUGAAGGUGAAGCUUUCUAUGAACGGUUGCUCACUUUCACCUCCAAUUUGCGAUUUGCACUUGAAAAGCUGGUGAGUGAGCGUAGCAACGGGGCAGAUAAACUUGUUCACCAGAUAGAGACGAACGGUCCGCAGAGAGACCAGGACUUGCUGCGGCAGCAGUUUGAACGGUUCAGCUUGCAGAACCAGGCGCCUGCGGGACAGUUCGGCCAGCCAGCCAGUUUUGCCUCUUCGUUUUCUUCUCCAGCAGGGUCGUUCUCGAGUCCGUCGGCCGCGCCGCCACUGCCUUCGAAGCCCACCACCACCACGGAUUUCUAUAGCACUCCAUCUGCCUAUGAUCCGUCUCUCUAUUCACAGUUCAACAGGAGAGUGUAA